ACCCGACGGCAUGUAAAUAACGCUAAAUGGAAGAAUAUAACACAUAUCAUGGAUCUUUUGAGUUGCUGUCGAAAGUGAAUCGAGUGUGGCAACUACUAGUAGGAGUCCAGCCGAGCGGAAUUGCCUGAAAUAUUACAAUAAUAUGAAGAAUACCAGUGAACACCAAGGAGUAUUUUCAAUGAUUUGAUGACCAUGAGACGGAGCCCAAGGAGACCCCUGAUCCUCAGAAGAAGAAAGUUGCCCUUUCAGCAAAAUGAUCCACCAGCAGCUGAAUCCCAAAGCCAGUCUGGUGCAUCAGGCUCCAAAGAACCCUCUGAAUCCGCUGCCGGUCAGUGCUUCCCCGAUGGGGUCCGCAUUAUGGAUCACCCUUCCAUGUCUGACACACAGGUGGUCGUCAUUCCCAAAACGGCAGACCUCCAGAGUGUUAUCGGGGCCCUCACUGCGAAAGGCAAAGAGUGUGGGGUCCAGGGGCCAAACAAGUUCAUCCUACUGAGUGAGAACGGCAGCCGUGACAAUGGCUCUUUUUGUCAGCCUGCUGCUGAAGGGGAUGACACCUCGUCCAGUGCAGUUGGACAACCAGUGAAAACAGAAACUAUGCAGUCUCCGGAUGCUAAACCCCUCACUGGAAUUAAAAUAUUGAACAAGGAUCUGGAUGGGGGUCCUUUAGAUGACAGUCUCACCAAUAUUCAGUGGCUGGGCAGAAUGAGCACAUGUGCCUUGGAACCAGAUCCUGACAAGCAGACUUCCAACAAGGAGAACCAAGUCCUAAAUUCACAGACUUUUCAGACACAAAAUACACACAUCAGUUCAGAAUCUGUUCAACAACCUGUGUCAGAGAGGCCACCUUAUUCCUACAUGGCCAUGAUCCAGUUUGCAAUCAACAGUCGGAAUACCAGGAGGAUGACACUGAGAGAGAUUUACAUGUGGAUUGAGGACCACUUCCCUUACUUCAGAGAGGUGGCCAAACCAGGAUGGAAGAACUCCAUCCGCCAUAACCUCUCUCUACACGACAUGUUCAUUCGCGAGACGUCACCAGAUGGUAAAGUUUCUUUCUGGACUAUCCGGCCGGAAGCCAACCGAUGCCUCACUCUUGAUCAGGUGUACAAGCCUGGUUGUGACCCCAUGACUGCUCCUGUUCCGGUGCCAAUGCUUUUAUUACCCCACCAACAACAAAAGAGGAUGCUUCCUGAUGCAAGAAAAACUCCAACUGGCUCUGAGAGAAGGAUGAAACCUCUUCUCCCCCGAACCGAUUCCUACUUGGUUCCGAUCCAGCUCCCCGUCGCCUCCUCCGUCUAUCUGCCAUCCUCAUCGGCCCAGUUUCCCUCUUCCUGCUCGCAGCAGAAACACAACACUUCACGGGGAACAAAGAGAGUGCGGAUAGCUCCUAAGGUGACACAAAGUGACAUCCCAGCCGUGGUAAUGUAUCCUCAGAAGAACAAAGACCUCAAGGAGAAGGUGAAGGACGAGCCGGAGUGUAUUCCAAUUAAAUGCGAGACUCCUAAAUCCCUUCCGAAGAGACAAGCCAGCAGCUCUCGCCGUAAACAACGCCUGGUUCACUCUCUGCACGAGGAGCCUGUGCUCCUCUGCCCCGAUAAUACGUUCUUUGACUCUGGCGUGGCCUCCGACGCUUCAACUUUCCAGGACAUGCGAGACAGUGAGCUGGACGAGCACCAGCACGAGCAGCGCAGCCCCGAUCGGGACUUAGCCUUUAAGACCCCCAUAAAAAGCAGCAGCCACCUGACCUCUUCCACACCCAGCAAGCCCCCCUCUGUCUUGUCUGAACCCUGGAAAGUGACCCCUGUGGGCAAAGGGAACCAAAAUGUUCUGGACUUCAGCCCCAUUCGCACGCCAGGUGGUCCCGCAGUCACGCCGCGGCACGACUACACCACCUUCAGCUUCAACAGCACUCCCUUUAAAGACUGGCCUCUGUUUAGCUCCCCCAGAGAGCUGCUCACAUCAGCUCCCCCCAGAGUGACGGGACCUACAGACUCUCCCAUGGAGUGCCUCAAAAGCAGCUGCUCCAGAGAGCUGCUUCAGGCGGGAGGCGCCACACCCGCUAACCGCUCCAUCACGGAGGGCCUAGUGCUGGAUACAAUGAAUGACAGCCUGAGCAAGAUACUAGUGGACAUUAGCUUCUCUGGUCUGGAUGAUGAGGACUUGGGAAUGGCCAAUAUCAGCUGGUCCGAGUUCAUCCCUCAAUUAAAGUAGUUUGUUUUUUUAAAAACACUAUGGGGGGAGGGGGACCACACAGACACAACAAAGCAGAUGCAAAUGUGUGAAAAAUGAUAAAAUAUUUGAAACAUUAAUAAACUGUACACCAAAAUCUUAGGAAAUUGUCAGAAUUGGUUCACGGAGACUAUAGCAACUGGAUUAAAAGGAACAUCACAUUGCUGAUUUUAUAGUGACUACAUUUGCUCAGAGUGAGACAAGUAGAUAGAGAUCAUAGAUAAUAUAAGACUUAUCACCAAGAAUAUGAAGUAUACUCUUAGAAUAUCAUCAAUACUGAAGGCAAUUAGUUUUUGCCAGUCAGAAGAAGUUGAGUUAAUUGGCCAGGAGAUAAAUAUUAGAUGACCUGAUUGGCGUAUGGAUUAAAGAUAAUAUCCCUAAUCUUUUGUCAGUGCUGUAGUCGUUCGAUUGAACCGUUUGUAGCUUUAACGUUUAAAAAUGUUUUGCUUGUUUUCUUUUGCAUCUGCUUUGCUUUCCCCUGGAUGUCUGCUGUUGGGAAUAAAGUUUUAAAAGAAACAACAAAAAAACGAAUGAAUGACGGGGACACUUUAAUAUUAGUUACCAGGUCAAAUCAGCUGCUCACUUGUCGUCCCUCUAAUUGUUUCUCUCCACUUCAGGCUUACUUUUUCAAUGCUUCCAUCCCUCAUUAACUGCCUUUAUCACUUUUUUUUUUUUUUUUUUUUUUUUUCUAUCUGUAAAACCUCCCAUGUGGAAACUUAACACAUGGUCCUGUUUUCUUUCAUUUACCCAACCUGUAAUCUCCAUCUGUACUCUUGAAGGAAUCGCUUAAGAGGAGAAAUAUAUGUGUAUAUGUAUGUUGAUUUUGCACAUUUUAAUAUAUAAGUUAGCUUUUACAUAUGUAAAUGGAAAGACUAUAUCGCCCGAUAAGCCAGUGAGAUGCUUCUUUUGCCAUUCGCUUCAGGCAGACUCCUGGAAUUUAGAUUGUGAUGCAGGAUUGUUAGCAAUAAACAAUGACAAGGUAAUACAAAUAGCACUAACAGCAGUAGGACUGUCCCUGUACAUUAAUUGUAGAACUGUCUUCACAUUUUGAUUUUAUUUCCUUACAGUAAUUGUUCAUCAGAUUAAGGGCACUUUGUACUUGCAGAGAGAGACAUUUUGCAUGCAGUGACUCCUCAUGUCAACAACAUAUUUUAAGAACAGUCUUUGGGAACAAUUUGGGACUAUUUUGUAUCUAUCUAGUGCAGAUUGUCUUAGUUUUCAAUAAAGACGCAAACUGCCUUUUUAUUUUUCUGUGAGCACAAAUGGAACAUGGGGAAAGAGCUUUUGGUUCCAGGCAAAAUAUCUUUCGUCAGCACCAUCUUUGGAGGAUAGAAUGGGAGUUAGACCCAUCUUUGAAAAUGCCACAAAAUAAUGUAUGGCUUUAAUAAUUCCUUCAGGUUUGCGUGUGUGUCUUAUAAGUGAGGUUUGGCAUUGCAGGGAGUUGAUAUCUGUUUACAAAGGCUUGCAAGAGUGAAAUGUGGUUUCUAGCAAACAGUGUUCAAAGCAUGUGCCUUGUCCUGUUUUCUAAAGUUGGUGUUUUUGUGAAUACAAUAAAUGUGUUGGUGUUGGUGCGUCAUGUAGCGAAAAAAGGGGCUUUUAUUCGGUCGUCUUUUUUUUUACCUUAAGAAUACUUGUUGAUUUGCUUCGCAGCUUACUUUGUGUAAAUACACUUAGUGCAAUUUCUACAACUUCACACCAGCUACAUUACAGCAAU